AAAAUUGUUCUAUUAUAAAAAGACCCUUCUCAAGGAGAACAUCGUGUUGUUCGUGAUCCCUUACAAACGUACCCCAAUCAAAUCUAACCAUGUCUGGCCGUGGAAAGGGAGGAAAGGUAAAGGGAAAGGCAAAGUCCCGUUCCAACCGUGCCGGUCUUCAGUUCCCCGUUGGCCGUAUUCAUCGUCUCCUGCGCAAGGGUAACUAUGCCGAGCGCGUCGGUGCCGGAGCACCCGUGUAUCUGGCAGCCGUCAUGGAAUACUUGGCCGCUGAAGUGCUUGAGUUGGCCGGAAACGCUGCCCGUGACAACAAGAAGACGCGCAUCAUCCCGCGUCAUCUGCAGCUGGCCAUCCGCAACGACGAGGAGUUGAACAAGCUGCUGUCCGGAGUAACCAUCGCUCAGGGUGGUGUGCUGCCCAACAUUCAGGCCGUGCUGCUGCCCAAGAAGACCGAAAAGAAGGCUUAAACGGUGUGACAAAGCUUCCUUCAUCUCAAACCCAAAACCGUCCUUUUCAGGGCGACAAAUUACUUUGCCAAAGACAUUUUAUUCGAUUUAUGCUGUUAUGGGAGAUCCAGAAGGAAAAAAAAAUCCAGAUAUAUCAAGAACCGUGCUUGAAACUGUGUACAAAAUGUAAAUGAAAAAAUGUGCCGUCCUUUGGCACAAAAAGCAUCCCUUAAUAUUUUCAAUUCUGUAACCUCUCACUACGAAUUCUACAAAAUGCAGCAUAUCAUAAGCGAUGCAUAAGAUUUUCCAGGUAGCUUGUUCAAGAGGGUUGGUUUUACCAUAUAAAUACAACCAGUGAUACCUG